UAUAUCACUCGUUCCUGAAUCAUGAUAGAAGGUACAGACCAUCACCUAUUUCCUACACUAUCAGUCUUGUCUCUAUGUGCAGAAGUACUUCUUACAUCUCGUAGUAAUUCCAAAAGAUGUUUAACGACUGGGUAACUAUGAGUGAUCUACAGUGUCCCUGUGCCAAAUCGAGCCUAGUCGGUGUACCUUGAAAGAGGGUUGCACGUGACAUCAGGCCUCAACGCUGAUCCACAGCGAUACCCCACAAAAUCUUCCUUAGUUCAUGCUCCCCCCACCCCCGCCAUCAUCCAAAGCACCACCACGACAAAGUACCCCACACAUACCGUCAUGUCAGGUCGCGCCGUCCGCAAAGCGCUCCGUCAGCGCGAAGCCGAGCUUCUGCAGGCUCGAACACCGACAGAGGAAGCGUCGGAAAGCGAGGAAGAGCCCGAGGCAGCACCCCCGAAACCGAGCUUGUUUGCACUCCUCAAAGAUGCGAACGAUGAUGACGAGGGGGAUAUAGACGAUGAUGAUGAGCAAGUAGAGUCGGAACCCCAGCCCGUAGAGCUUGCAUCGAAGAAGUCAAAGAAUAAGAAGAAGAAGAAGAAGAAGAAGGAUAAAGGGAAGGCACUCGCGACGGAGGAUACCGAAGCAGUAGACGAAGACGACAUUGACCGAGCUUUGCGAGAGCUAAACAUCAAGACUCAAGCUCACGACGCGUCCGCCCCUAUUGUGACAUCAUCAAAUGCGGCUCCGGGGCAGAUAUCGCUGUCGUCAGUAUUGAAGAUUGAUUCUCGGAACCUCGAUGCUGGAAAUGAGAUGAAGAGGCUGUUUGGGAGAAACGCGAUGCGGCCGGAUGACAACGAAGGGGAAACCCUCGGACGGCGACGGGAUCUUCGGAUGCGGUUACCUCCGGGCGUUGCGGGAGGGCGGGCGCUUACCAAAGGACGGAGAAAUACUUUCGUACAACCCAAAGACGAGUGGCCGAAGGCAGGGAGCGGGGGGUUGGGUAUGGAGAUUGACGACUCGGAUCCAGCGACAGGAGUGACAACAUACAAGUUUGUCCACAGCCGGUCAUAUCAGAGUGUGCAACAACAGUUCGUGAUGUGUGUUGCAGCUAUGGACCCCGAACGGAUGAAUGUGCUCCUUCAGCACAAUCCAUACCACAUCACAACGUUGCUACAAUGUUCCGAGAUCUUCCACCAUCAGCGGGACUUUACCGUUGCUGGCGACCUCCUCGAGCGCGCGCUCUUCUCCCUCGGGCGGUCUCUUCAUUCCUCAUUCCAACAAAAGCUUGCCGAAGGAUCCGCACGACUGUCAUUCCGUCGACCCGAGAACCGAGAACUCUUUCUCUGUGUCUGGCGUUACAUCACGAAUUUGUCUCAGCGCGGCACAUGGCGAACGGCAGAGGAGUUUGCACGACUACUGCUGGCCAUGGAUCCGGAGGGAGAUCCAUACGAGAUGUGCCUCAUCAUUGAUUUUCUUGCCCUGAAGGCCCGACAACCAGAGCGUUUUCUAGCACUUACAGAGCACCCAACCCUCCGCCGGAAGUAUGCCGAUCUCCCCAAUAUCGCGUUUUCCUCAGCCCUCGCCCAGCUCCAACUCGGUGAUGAGAGUCUUGCCACAGAAUACCUCUCGAAAGCGAUCACUAGAUUCCCUUGGAUCCCCACAAUGCUGUAUCAAGAGCUCGGGGUCAGCACUCAACUCCCACCAGCACUCUGGGGGGUCCCACCGCCCGAUGACAACCCUCGCCAACAGAUCCUUGCAAGUUUGUAUAUCGAACGCACUAAGGACCUCUGGAAGCAGCCCGCCUUCACCACAUUCCUAGUCAACACCUGUUCGACGAUCUACAACCUCCCCAAAACGCGGCUACUCGGCUCUUCGUCCCCAUCAGUAUCAAUGUCCCUAGCGCGGCACGUGAUGCUCACCGCCAUGCCGUCGCUGAUCACGCUCCUCCCCCGCGAGAUCACCUCACGGGAUACAUCCUCAUUCGACCCACUCCCGCCGGACGACGACCUCCUCAGCUACGAAGCAGAACCGCCCAACCUCGCUCCGAUGAUCCGGGAGACCGCCGGCGGCGGAAACGCGUUCUCGGCAUUUGUGAUGAGUAUCAUCCCCUGGUUCCGCGUCGGCGAGGACGGCGAGAUCGAUGGUAGACAGAUGAAUGAAACCGAGAGGGCCCAGUAUAGAGAUAUUCGCCAGCAGCUGGAGCAGGCGGGAUAUCCGGAUGAUGCGUUGCGCCGCAUGGGCGAUGAGGCGUAUGAGGUGCAGAGAAUCAUGCGCGAACAGCAGGAGGAUGGACAGGCGGAGGGGAGGGGACAGGUUGAGGGAGCGGGGCGGGCGGAGGAGGAAGAGACGUAG